AUGUGCAUGAAGCUGCGCAAAGUAACGUUCAAAGAUGGAUCCUUUCUCAAAUCGGCGUUUAACCACAUUUCUCACACGACUGGUUCCUGCACCGCCCGUAUAGCGAUAUCCGAUGUAUGCUUCCCUGUGGAAUUCCGAGGCCUCCCUGUUACCUCGCAUGACAUUAUACUGGGCUGCGAUUACCUUCAAGAGCAUCACGCCAUUAUCGAUCACUCUCGCGGUGAGAUCACUCUGCCUACAGGGCCGGUCUACGCCAGUGAGGCCGACUGCGGCGUCCUUAAACUGCACGUUGAGCACGAUACCGUACUUCCCCCCCGUACUACCACAUUCAUAGAUGCCGUCUCCUCUGAAGCAUCGUCUACUCCUGAGGUGAUACUGUCUCCUCACCAUACUCCGCUCGCACGCAAGGGUCUCGUUGCUCCGUUCUCCCUCUCACGAAUUGACGGCGGAAAGACGUCUCUCCCUGUCAGCAACACUUUAUGGGAGCCUGUCCUGUUGCCGUGCGGAUUUGUCGUUGCCACCUUGGAACCCGUGAAGCUCGGCUCCGUGCAUGCUCUCGGAAAUUCCGCUGAAGCCGCGGUCACUCUCCCUCAUCCAGUACACGACUCGGCCCUAUGUCAAACUGUUUCUCCCUCGCUUGACGAUCGGAGUAGAGGCAUGCUUCUGUGCUUAUUACGAAAUUAUGCACAUUUAUUUGACCUCGACAAAUCACCUCUUGGGGUUGCACACGACGUGGAACACUCAGUUGACACUGGCGAAGAAAGGCCUCUUCGACAGAGACCGUAUCGUGUUUCCCCCGCCGAACGACAACAAAUUGAUAAAGAGGUCGACGAAAUGCUGUCCAAAGGAAUAAUCCGUCCUUCCUCGAGCCCUUGGUCCUCACCUGUCGUCCUGGUUCCUAAGAAGGAUGGCUCUAUACGUUUUUGCAUUGAUUACCGACGGCUCAACAAAAUAACCCGGAAUGACGUGUACCCCAUGCCCCGGAUUGACGACGCUCUAGACUCCAUGCAAGGCGCCAAGUAUUUCUCCUCUCUUGACCUCCGUUCUGGGUACUGGCAGAUCCCUAUGGCUGAGCAGGAUAAACCGAAGACCGCUUUUGUUACACCGGACGGGCUAUUCGAGUUCAAUGUGAUGCCGUUCGGCCUCUGUAACGCUCCAGCUACAUUCGAGCGGAUGAUGGACACUGUGCUUCGGGGGCUCCGCUGGCGAACGUGCCUAUGUUACUUGGACGACGUUGUCGUUUUCUCGGAAACAUUUGAAGACCACCUACUUCGCCUAGAAUCUGUAUUCUCCGCAUUCCAGUCUGCGGGCCUCCAACUCAACGGGAAAAAGGAACAUCCAUCGCUAUGUGUCGUCAUGCCAACUGUGCCAACAACGCAAGUCUACCGCCACAUCCUUUGGUCGCCUACAUCCUCUACCACCCCCACUCCAUCCCUUCGAACGAGUCGGAGUAGACCUCUUCGGCCCUCUCCCCCUGUCUACUUCUGGAAACGGCUGGGUUGUAACGGCAAUUGA